AUGGGAUUUGAGAUUGAGAAGUACAAAAAGAUUGCGAAUGGAUGGUACCAAGAGUUCAUGAAGGAGGCGGACACCUUAACCAAAUACUUUGCUUUUGGCGCACCAAAGAACAAAGACAAAGCGAUGAAAAGAAUAACUAAAAACACCGACCUGUUCAAGGAGAUCUACCUUGUUUUCUUCAUCAUUAUCUAUACCGUCUUUGUGUUUGUAUGCCCUUCUAUCUUAAUCAGCGGAAUCUGCGCACUCCUUGUCGCAGUCAUCUAUUCACUCUGUGAUGACUUUGGUGUUGAAGCUAUCGCAAAACUCCCGCCGAUGUAUAUCCAAAUUGCUAUGGCUGUCGUUCUUGUCAUUGUCUCUCUUAUUGCAGGUGAUAUCACUUAUGUUCUUUCCGCAAUGUUCAUCUCAUUAAUCGUGAUUGGCACUCAUGCUGCGUUGGCAAGUAAAUCCGCUAAAAUCAAAGGAGACAUCAAAAAGGGUGUCGAAGGAAUGAAGAAAGAUAUUAAGAAAGAACUUGAUUAA